AUGGCAAACAAAGAAUAUUACCAAAUGUGGCUGAAACUGAAAGAACAGAUGAAAAUAGCCUUUGCUGAAGAUGAAAGACUACAGGAACUUGCGGCUGCCCAAGUAGGAAUCAAACCACAAGGGACCGCUGUAGAAGUGGUUGCCAGAGUUUAUAGUAAAUUCUGCGAUAUUUACAACAAACUCUGUGAUUGUUAUGAUCAAAUGGGGCAGGUGCAAAGAAGAGAAUACAUAAGGAAAGUAAUCGACGCUGUCGCAUGUAGAUUACUAGAAUUAAAAAAUAUGUUGGAAGAGGUGGAAGUGUUUGAAUUCACUUAUCCAGAUAAUGCUCUUCAACAAAUGUUAAUGAUACCACAGGAUAUACAAAUUCUCUGCCCAUUUUUCUAUCCUUUCGAAAUAAGGGGACAAGAAAUGCAGUAUAUCAUAGACCAGAUAUUUGCCGGUAACAGAAUUGGGGAUCCUACACCGUCACCUUCCGAAAUAGAACGUCAAGAAGAGGAACGAUUAGAAGAAGAAAGACGUAUUCGAGAGGAAAAAGAGGCUGAAAUCAAAAGAAAAUUAGCAAUGGGUGACGAAAUAGAACUAUCUGAGCCAUCUGUUGUUUUAUCACCUCAAGAGUUGGAAGAAAUACGAAAGUUAGAAGAAUAUAACAGACAUGUCAACAAUAUUCAGAGAAUGGAAAGGGCAAGAUUUAUUACGAGAGAAAAAAUGCAUAAAAUAAAUAAAGAUAAAAAUUUGUAUUUGGAAUUGGCAGGUCUGAAAGCGCCACCAGCAAAAGAAGAUUUAAGAAUAAGGGCUGCAAAACUAAUACAAUUUGUAUAUAGACGUUUUAUGGAAAUUAAAAGAGAAAACGUAAGAGAUUAUAAAUUAAGAGAAAAACUUGGUAUGAUUGUGCCAUCAUGGCGUCCACCAUCGGCUAAAAUUCAAUUAGAAAAAGUUAAGGAAGAACGACGAAAAUUUAGACGAAAAUACUAUGAAAAGUUUUUGGAAAAAAAUCUUAAGGAAAACUCUCGUGUUCUCAGACUUCGCAAAGGUGACAUAAUGGAUGAUAUUACAGCUGAAAUUAAUCAAUGGCUGAGAGAAUGGUAUAAAGAGGUCAAAAUGUUUGAUGAAUUCCCUUAUCCUGACGAAGGUGGCUCGAUUCUGAUUGUCCGAGGAGAUACAAUGACUAUAGAAGAAUACGUUGAGUGGCGUUUAGCUGAAGAUAAACGAUUGAAAGCUGAAGCUGGAGCACCGAAAUCAAAAGAACAAAUAAAGGCAGAAAAGAAAUUUGAAAAAGAAGAGAAAAAGCGCCUUGAAUUGGAAGCAAAAGAAAAAGAAAAGAAGCGAUUGCUUGAUUACAAAAAAUCUCGUCUUAACCCAGAUAAUGAUCCCGGUAUAUAUUUAUACAAAGGAACUAAUUUAGAGAAAUUACAAGAAGCAUGGUUUCAAUAUCAAAAUCAAUGGAGGGAUAUAGAUACUGCAGAUGCGCCAAUUGAUGCUGUAAAAGGUUACAUCAUGGAACUUAUUACAGAAAAUGCUUAUAAGGAUGUACAAUUGCAGCUUCGUCCUAUUGUCGAUGAAGUAAUGAGACUUGAAUUAAAACUUUUAACCGCUUCCCUAAAAACUGAUUACUUAGAGGCUGGUGUCGCUAAACCUCCGCAAGGGAAAAAAAGAAGAAAGCCUAGGAAAAUCAAGCCACCCAAGCCUGACAAAAUAAGUCCUGCAACAAUGUUUCAAGAGCUCGUAGAUGAAGGGAUUAUAAAAAAAUACCCACACGCUACUCUAGAUGAUUUUUGGUGUGACCGAAACUACGCCGCAGCAGAUAUGAGAGCUAUUUUGUGGACGCCCUCCUUUCCACCACCUUGUUUUGGAGAUGUUCGAGAUCUUGUCAGAACUCGAUGCGUUUUGACACUUGGAUGUUCUUGCCCUAAUGCUGUUAGGUCACAGUUGUUCGUUGGUCCUAAAGGUUCAGGUAAAAGAACUUUAAUAUAUGCUGUAGCUACAGAAACAAAUUCCAUUCUUAUUGAUCUCUCACCCAUGAACGUUUACAAUAAAUAUCCCGGAAAAGGCCUGAAGAGAAUGUUCCAAUUUAUUGUAAGAAUAAGUAAAUUGAUGCAACCUACAAUAAUCAUGGUCCAAGAUGCGGAUAAAUUGUUUUACAAAAAAGUACCUAAAGAAGAAAAGAUGUUUGACCCAAGUAGGCUGCAAAAAGACUUUUUUAAAGAAAUUAUUAAGCCGAUUACUUUCGAUGACAAGAUUAUGGUUUUAGGAACAGCCACCGAACCGUGGCUUUCUAGAGGUCCUGUAAUGUUUAAAGUCUUUCCAUCCCAAAUUAUGCUUCCAAGAACAGAUUAUGGUAGUAUAUCUUUUAUUUUGUCUAAAAUGCUGAUGGAGUUUCAUGGAGUGAAUCGUGAUAUUAACAUUCACAGCGUUGCCCAAGUUCUAAGAGGUUUUAAUUUACGUGCUGUUGUUGACGGAGUAAAGAAUUUGAUGACAGCAAAUCGAGUAGCAGAGCUCGCCAGCAAGCCUCUGCAGCCAAAAGAAUUACUGUCAGCUAUCUUGAACUGUGAAGGUAUUGUGUAUACCGAUGAGCAAGACUACGAGAUGUACAAGGAUUGGUAUCUGUCUUAUUCUCCAUGGGGCCAAAAAUAUUUGGAUUAUAUGUACAUGCUGGAAUCCCAGUUAAUGUAUAAACUAAAAAAAGAUAAGAAAAAGAAAGGAUAA